GCCACACUCCUCACGUCAGCCACACGCGCACCACGCGGGUCCCAUCAAUUGACUGCGGCAUCGCGGCUCAUCGGCAAGCAACCAAGGCAGCAAUCGAUCGAGCGAGCCAGCGCUUAGUGGAUCCAAACAGGGCAUCACAUCACCGUCAAUCCUUCCACCUCCGCAUCCACCGCCAUGCUCCGCUACCUGUCGCCAUCGCGUGCGGGGCCGUCAUCCAGGCCUCGGAGCGACGACCCCCAGCUGAGGCUCGACGUUCCAAACUAUGGUGUUGUCUUCCUCCCCCAGCCCGAGCGGCCAGAGGAUGACGACCCGACGUCCGAAGAAGUCGGCGACAACAAGCCCCGCCAUGACCACAUGCUCCACGGCGAGCUCGAGGUGACGCUCAACGCGCCGAAGCGCGCCAAGUCGAUCCGCGUCGGGCUGCGCACGAAAAUCAAGCUCGACCUCGGGCCCGGCCGUCGCGCCGAAGAGACGGUGCUCUUCGAACGCAGCGUCGAGAUCGUCUCGUCCACCGCCGACGGUGUGUGGCUCGCAGCCGGGACACAACGAUUCGACUUUACUAUCAUCCUCCCGUCCAACCUCGCGCCGCACGACCAGCACUCGAACGGCAUCGUCUACCACGACCUGUAUGCCGAGGUGGAGGGUCUCCCCAGCCCCGAGGAGUGGAAGCCCCCCCGCUCGCAGGGGUCGUCGAGCUCGCUGUUCGGCCUGCGAGGCAAGCGCUCGCCGAGCGCAGCCAACUCCAAGUCGGUGUCGCGUGCCGUCUCGCCGAACAGGAAGGGAGGGAGGAACGCGUCGCGUCCGGCGUCCGGAGCAUCGACACCGUUGACACCUGGCGCGCCGGCGCACCCGGCGGCUCUGUCCGCCGCGCUGUCCAACCUUGCCGUCAGCGGCGGAGUAAACAGCGCACCAUCAAGCACAGGAGCCACGGGUGGCAGCGGCAGCGGGGGCACGGGCACCGGCGUGACGACACGUUCGAGGCCCAGUCCACCUCAUCUGAGCCGUACCCCGUCGCGGCUGGGUAGCCCGACUGAGCCGACGCAGUCUGCCGCUGCGGCACUCCUCGCGCCCACCCCGCCCCCGCGUCUCGACCGCGCCCCGAGCUACGACGACAGCCAGCGUCCCAAGGAGGCCGCGAACGGCGAGUGGCUCCAGGGCUCGUUCAAGACCAAGCGCAGUGUCAUGCUCAUCUACAACCCCAACCCUGGAGACGGGGCCAACGAGCUCCAUGACCGCGCGAGCGGCUACGUGCCGGGUCUCGGCGUCUGGGAGCUGGUGCUUGUGUCUGACGUGUGGACAAUCUGCGCGUUGCUACAGAUCAAGGUCAACCUCGCAUCCUUGAUGCCGUCGACGACAGUGUUCGCGGUCCGCGUUCUCCUCGCACAAACGCACUCGAUCACAUCACCGCGCGACCCAGACAGCCAGAAGCUGACGGGCACAAAGCACUUUGUCAUCCUUGAGCAAGGAAAGCGCCCGCCUGCGGGCCACCUCCACCCGGACAAGCACUACAUUGCGCUGUGGCGCGGGCCAGGCGCAGGCGGCAAGGACAAGGUGGACGGCGAGAGCGGUGGCAGUGUCACGAUCGACACCAAGGCGCGCCUGCCAAACGACAACGUCUCGCGUCCGUCGACGCUGCCCGGCGUAGUGACGCCUAUCAACGUCAGCCACGCGCUCGUGCUCGAGGUCUUCUUCUCCGUGUUCGGCGAGGACGACAAGGGGCAGCCGAUGAAGGUGCCCGGGCCCGGUGGACUCCGUAUGCUGCGUGUCUCGCGUCCCGUCGUGCUCCCAAGUUGCGCCCUCAUCCCAGAGGUCACCUCGCUGCCAACGUACGAGUCGAUCGCAAGCGACAAAUCGUACCUCGCGCCGUCGCGCGACGCGGCGCUGCCCUCGGGUGGGCCAGAAUGGCGCAUCUGCGCGUGCGGUCUCAAGCUUGAGGAGCUCGAGUCGCGUAUGCGCGAGGCGGCGCGUGACGAGCAGAGCCCAAGUUUGGCGGGGCUCGCAGCUGCGGCUGCCGCGGACGACAAGGCUGAGCGGGAGCGCGGGCGCGUGAGGGACCGCGCGUGAGAGAGAUGACGGGUGACGGGAUGCGACCGACGGACAUUGCCUAGAGCUUAGACUACAUGCACCACUUUUAAUUUCG